CGAAGUAGAGACGGGCGACGACGAGUUGACUAAACAUGGCGCCCUUGCUGGAUCACAAAAUUGGCGAUGCUAUGUUAUCUUCUUUACCUUUGCGAUCAAAAUCGAAUCUUCUAACAUGUUCACUAAUUUUGGUGAUUUACCUGACGUCGCAGCCAGCUUUGGCCAAACCGAGCAGCCUCAAAGAGAUCACUGACGGAAACUGGGAAGAAAUCUUGGCAGGGGAAUGGAUGAUUGAGUUCUUUGCCCCGUGGUGUCCGGCGUGCCAGCAGCUCCAGCCCGUGUGGAAUGAUUUCGCCGAUUGGGGGGAGGACAUGGGGGUCAACAUAGCGAAAGUGGAUGUUACUGAACAGCCUGGUUUGAGUGGACGAUUCAUUAUAACAUCACUUCCGACCAUCUACCACUGUAAGGAUGGUGUGUUUAGGAGGUACCAGGGGGCUCGCACCAAAGAUGACUUCCUAAGCUUUAUUGAUGAGAAGAAGUGGCAGGGCAUUGAACCGGUGUCUUCCUGGUUCGGACCAUCUUCCUUCAUGAUGAACACAAUGUCAGCUCUCUUCAAGUUGUCAAUGUUCAUUAGGCGUUGCCAUAACUACCUGACAGAGCAGUUGGGCAUUCCAGUGUGGGGCUCGUAUGUCAUCUUUGGACUGGCCACUCUCUUCUCUGGCCUAGCCCUGGGACUGAUACUGGUGUUCAUAGCCGAUUUUGUCUUCCCAUCACGACGAUUUAACUCACCAAACUACUACCAGAAGAAACAGACGAUGGAACAAGCCAGGCUUAUUCAGCAGCUAGAGGAAGAGCAGGAGGCGGAUGGAGAGGAAGAUGAUGAUGAGGACGAUGAAGAUGGAGAACAGGAGGAUGUCUGGAGGAGGAGAGCAUCUCCAGAGGGCCAUCCCGAGGCCAGAGGGCCGGGUUACCCAGAGGAGGCCCUGCGAAAGAGGGUGGUUGGCAACCGUGAGGAUGAGGAGGAGGACUCCUAGAGGCCUGGAGGGGAACUGCAGAUGCCACUUAACGCACAUGGGAGACGGGGAAGGGGCCUGAGCUCAUAUUUAUAAAGCGCCUCAGAAUAGGAAUAUUGAUCUAGGAUCAGUUUUGCAUUUUAGAUCAUAAUAAAUAAGAUUACAUGAGCAGGGGUAACUGAUCCUAGAUCACCACUCCUACUCUUAGGUGCUUUAUGAAUAUUAGACCUGGCAGCAGUAGAGUUUACAGCAGACAGCUUACAGAGAGCCUUAGCGACGCCCCGGCGACUUCUUGCUUCCUGUAUCUGCUUCAACGGGAGUGCUCCGGAUUCUGAUGACCGCUCUGCUUUCACCACCAGCAUUUUCUCCUGGACUGGAGGUGCUACUGUACACUCCCAACAGCAGGGUUGUGUUCAUUAGGUAUCUUUUGAAGAAAACAGAGUGGAACAGGGAGGGUUUAUCCAAAUUUGUCCAAUACAAAAUGCUCAUUUUCAUUUUCCAUUGCAAAAUGUUUUAAAACGUUUUCCAUCGCGUGCCCUAAUGAACCGAUAAAUUGGGUGAGGUUUAUGUAUGGAGUGCAGUAGAACUGUAUAAUUUUUUUGUCACUGUUUUAUGCUAUGCAUUUAUUUUGUUUUUAUUGAAUCUCUUGUGCGUUAAUCCCUGUUUUAACAAAUGAUAUGCAGCUUGUGUUUUGAGCAUAAUUUCAUUGUAUGAUAUUUUCCAUGUAAUCUAAUAUGUACUUGCUAUGUUUGUUUUGUUCACCUUUUUGUACCUCAGAAAUCCCAUAAUUUAUUUUCAUCCAAGUCUUCCUUGACAGACCGUGCAUCCACCCGCCAUGAUACUCCAUAAUGGUUAAAUAUUGUGCAGUAGUACAUCUGGAUCCUCUUUCCCCCUUAUAAUGAGUGCAGUGCAGUUAGCAUGCUUUUAUACAGGAACCCAUGAUCAAAUCUCUUCGGGACAGGGACCCUUCAUGUUUCCAUUUGGUCUUUAAUCAGCAAUCACACAAAGAUGUUGACUUGAGUUACGAUGCUCUGCUCUAGCUCUACAAGACUGGACGGUUUAAUCUCUGGUGGAAGGGAACUGCUAUCUGCUGCCUGCAUGGUUUUUAUUAAGUUUCACACCACUGUAUGAAGGAUUGUGGUGCUAAACCUCCCUGGUGAAUAUUGUUCAAUAUGGAUCAUUAAAGCGCAACUGAACGUAAUAAGGAAUUUCUCCUUUUAAAAACAGCUGAUGUGGCAUCGGUAUGAGUCAGAAAAAUUUAUUCUAGUGUCAAAAUUGACUACAAAGUGUAAAUGGGAUCAUUUCAGUCAUAGAGUCGGUCUCGUCCAUAACAGAGGUUUGCAAGAUGAUUAUGAAAAAAGGGUAUGUCAUGGAAUGAAGGGUACCGUAACAGUUUUACUUGGGUUGUGUUUUUUUCAAUCCUGCCCCCAGCUGGCAGCACCCAAGUAAUCAUCAAUUCAGAGCGCAAUGCCAUGGUCAAUUUGGUUUAACAUUCGACAUCCCUAUGGGGCUAGAUAGAAUUACACAAUGUAUUUGGGGCAAUAUUUUAAAAUGUCAAUAGCUCCCGAUUUCAAUUACUUAAAAAUGUUAAACCAACUAUAAAUUGUAGAAAUUCAUAUACAUAUACUGAAAGGUGUGCAAUAUUAAAAUAUUUUCCCAUUUACAUUGUCUAAUUUAUUGUCUGUCCCUAACUAGCACCAAAGAUAGGAUAUCCAAAGUCAAACCAAUUUUGCCACGUCGCACACCGGCCGGCAGAAGCUAAUUGGCUAAAUAAGUUCGCUAGCUAGUCUAGGCUACUUUCAGACACAAGACCUGGUUAGACGGUUUCAAGUUAUCUAGAAGGGUGAGUAACUGUACUGUUUUGUCAGAGUGAAAGUACAAACCCUUCCCUCAUUCGAACACACACACAGGAGACACCCACAUCAAAGCACUCUUCCAAAACCCAGAUCUUGUUCUCAUUCGCAUUUCCUAAUGAGGAGAAUUGAAACCGAGGCUAAAUCAGGAAGUUCAGCUCCCCUUUAAUACUGAGUUCAUAACCAAGUGGGAAAGUGGUAAUUAGCAGUUGUGAAGUCGUAAAUACCAGUUGGAUGCAUUCAUGUACUUUGAACUCGUUGACAAAUGCCGAUUUGCUAAUGGCCAACAAGCUGUGUCAACCAUACACUAAAAGUACAGCUAUCAUGCUUGUAAACAAGUUGUAGUGUUCAAAAACCAUAUUAAUAGAGUCUUUACAUAAAUAUUUUGUUGCAUUUAAGUGCUGAAAAUGAUGUUAUCGAGGUCAUUUCCUUAGUAGGUGACGUCAGAGGACAGCAUGUGGGAGAAGUCGGAGCUCAGGGAUGAUAAACGAGUUUCCCACUAGUAAUUAGCAGUUGGAGAGGUGUUCAAGUGGAUUUUUCCUAACAGAGCCAUACUGGGGCGCGUUCACAACACCAAACUGUUACAAAGAUAUUGUGCUGUAAAAUGUAAAUAACCUUGUUUUGUCAAUCUCCACUGUUAAGAUAAUAUCCACCCCUUUGUAAAGCUGGCAGUGGACUGUAUUUUGGAUUUGUAUCUUAUGUUGUGUUCACCUGUGUGUGAUGUUCUUCCAUAUUAUUAUUGAUUGGUAAUGUGCUGUCAUGUAAUGUGCUGUCAAUUAUUAAGGGAGUUCUUUAAUAGCCUGGUCCCAGAUCUGUUUGUGCUGUCUUGCCAACUCUUAUGGUCACUCUGGUUCUUCUAUUUUGGACAAACUAGGGAUGUGUCUCAAUAUGCAUACUACUGUGCUCCUCACUCCCCAUGCUCCUAGUGCGGUCUUCGAGGGCAUUCUCUUGAGUAUGACCUUAUUAAGACGAGAGUGUGGAAACACAUACAUUUUACAUUUGAGAAGCACUGCACACUCCUGUGCUACUGCAUUACCUUUUACAGUUGACAGUAAAUUGUGUCAUCAUCAUGUCGGCUGCUCAUCUACAGUAUGCUGGACUUUUCUGGAUCACGACUACCCUCUGUAACAUGUAAUAUGUCAAACAUUUGUAGAUCUGAACAUCAGAUUUAGUUUAAUAUUGCAUUAUUGUCAGUAAAGCAAUUUAGACUUUUAA